AUGAAUGUCCAGCGCGCGCCCUAUGUCUGCGUCCAAUGCUCGGCGCAGGCAUUGCGCGCUCCCCUCCGCCGCUCGUACCGUCGAGCUGUCCCGCAGUUGACCUGGCAGCGACGUCAUAACAGCCACGCCGUCCAGACCGAUCGGCCAUUUCGCGUUGCCAUUGUGGGGUCGGGACCGGCGGGCUUUUACGCUGCAUACAGGCUGCUGGGAAAGGUGGACAAUGCCGUAAUUGACAUGUACGAGAAGCUCCCCGUUCCCUUUGGUUUGGUGAGAUACGGGGUAGCGCCGGACCAUCCGGAGGUCAAGAACUGCGAAGAAAAGUUCACCGAAGUCGCACAGUCGCCGCGAUUCAACUUCAUUGGAAACAUUGAACUGGGCCAGAAACUUUCCCUGCAGGCACUCAAGCCCCAUUACGACGCGAUCUUGUUCUCGUACGGAGCUCCUAAGGACAAGGAGCUUGGGAUUCCCGGGGAGAAGGCCCCCCGUCACGUUUACUCAGCUCGAGAGUUUGUCGGCUGGUACAACGGACUUCCAGAACAUCGUGAUCUUGCCCCCGAUCUUACUGCCGGAGAGAAUGCUGUGAUCGUUGGGCAGGGUAAUGUGGCGUUGGAUGUUGCAAGAAUUCUACUUUCAGAUGUGGACGCUUUACGCAAAACGGAUAUAGCCGAUUAUGCGCUGGAUGAGCUGUCUAGAAGCAAGAUCAACCGGGUGCGAGUGGUCGGCCGACGAGGACCGCUGCAGGCUGCGUUCACGAUUAAAGAGUUGCGGGAAUUGCUGCAGCUUCCAGGCGUAUCCUUCGACCCUGUCCCACGAGAGCUGUUCCCACCAGACGACGUGAUUGCCGCUCUCCCCCGAGCGCAGAAACGGCUCGUCCAGCUCCUAGCUAAGGGAUCGACCAAUAGCCCUAAAACCAGCCCAAAGUCCUGGUCUCUGGAUUUCCUGCUCUCGCCCGAAUAUCUGAACUUUUCUCCAUUCAAUGAGAAUCAAUUGACCCACGUUAGAUUCUCAUGCAACCAACUCGACCCGUCGGAUCCCCAUUCGCCCAGCGCGAAAGUCACGCCCAAAUACAUACCGAAGCUGAGACGCCCAGAUAGACGCAUGCAAGCCGAUAUUCUCGCCAAUACCUUUUUCCGCAGCGUUGGCUACAAAUCGCUCCCCUUGAACGGACUAGAGGAGCUCGGGGUCCAAUUCGAUACGACCCGUGGGGUGAUUCCCAACGAUGGGUUCGGACGAGUCACGAGUCCCAAGAAUACCGGCGAUAACGAAGAACUACCAGAUGGAUCGCUCAUCUCACAUCUACCUGGGUUGUACUGCGCCGGAUGGGUUAAGCGCGGUCCGACCGGGGUCAUUGCCACUACGAUGACGGACGCGUUUAGCACCGCUGACGCCAUCGCGGCGGAUCUGACGAGCAAGGGCCAAGCGUCCUUGCUGAAUUCUCCGGGCCAGAGCACCGGUCUUGGCUGGGAGGGCGUCCGCCCCGAGGUCCAGGGACGAGGCCUGCAGGCUACUUCCUGGGAGGAUUGGCAGCGUAUCGACGCGGCGGAGCGCAAUCGCGGACAAUCUCAGGGUAGAAGCCGGGUCAAGUUCGGUCGCGUUUCAGAUAUGUUGAAUGAGGUGGGCUAA